UAAAGUGUGAAAAGGAUGGUUCGAGUCACUCGGUCGUGUGUCGCCAUGUGGAGGCCAGAAAAGUUUGUUUUUAGCCAGUAAAUGUCGUUUAUUGUGUCUUUUGGGAGGCGUCAAACCUCAACCGUUUGUUUUAGCUAAGUUAACGUUCAAAUUUUAAACCAGCGCGAGACACUAACGGUUUUUUCUAAGAAGUGGGAAACUACUAACACACUGGGAAACUCGUAUUGAGCCUACGUUUUUUACUCAUCAUCCUUCACAUCAACAGAAAACGGUUUAAUUUAAGUUUUUUUUCCAAUUUAAAAGAAGAUUUGUAGUUAAACUCGCCUGCCAGAUUUUGCUCCGUCACCAUGGAGAAACACGACUGUCACUCAGCAACGCACGAGUAUCCACAUCCGUUCGUUCAUGAGGUGAAGAUGACCCACGCGCAGAGGAUCAGGGGCAUAAUCCUGGGCAGCAUCCUCUUCCCUCUUCGCGUCACCCUGGCAGCCAUCAUUUUCCUCAUCAUUUGGCCUCUAGCUCGACUCCGAUUGGCCGGCCUGUCAGAGGAGGAGCGCUCUCGUCCCGUGGAGGGCUGGCGCCGCUGGUUCUUCCACCCCGUCAUCCUGUAUCUGAGCCGAGCCGUCUUCCUCUCCUUGGGCUUCAUGUGGGUGAAGGUGAAGGGACGCAGGGCGGACCUGAAGGAGGCGCCGGUGCUGGUGGUGGCUCCUCACAGCAGCUUCCUUGACAUGCUGGUGCUGUGUCCAACUCAGCUGGCCACGGUGGUGUCACGGUCGGAGAACACCAGCCUGCCGGUCAUUGGAGCUCUCCUGGAGUUCAACCAGUCGGUUCUUGUGAGCAGAAAGGACCCCGAGUCGAGAAAAAAGGCAGUGGCCGAGCUAACAGGGAGGCUGACCUCCAACGGCUACUGGCCACAGAUGCUGAUGUUUCCAGAAGGCACCACAACCAACGGUACAGCCCUUAUAAAAUUCAAACCUGGCGCCUUCCUCGCCGGAGUCCCGGUUCAACCUGUUUUGUUACGUUACCCCAAUUCGCUGGAUACUGUUCGCUGGACUUUUAAAGGAACCAAAUGGUAUGAGGCUCUGUGGCACACAGUUUCACAGAUCUACACCAACAUGACCAUCGAGUUCCUUCCAGUUUACAAGCCGUCCCAAGAGGAGAAGAACGACCCCAACCUGUAUGCUGACAACGUCCAGAAAGUCAUGGCUAAGGCCCUGGGAGUCCCAGCCACAGAUUACGUGAUGGAGGGCGGCGUUCCUGUCAGUAAACUCGGUGGUCUCUCCCUCCCGGUGGAGUUGCCGGCCCGGGAAACUCUCUCGCUGCUGCACAAACAUGGUGCUGGAGCGCAGGAAGUGGAGGCAGCUCUGAGGAGGAUUAUUGAUCAGUGCCAGUCUGGAGCUGAGGAGUCAGAGAUCAGUGCUGAUGAGCUCGCCUCUGUCCUCGGGCUGAUGGACAAAAAGACCGCUAUCAAUAUCUGCGGCUUCUACUCCAAGGAUGACAGUGUGGACCUCAGACAGAUCUAUUUGAGUGUUGCUGCUCUGUCAGGAUCCCUCAGCUUCAAGUCACUGCUUCACAAGGCUUUCACUCUGUUUGACAAGGACGGCAAAGGCAGUCUGAGUGCAGAGGAGCUGUCAGGCCUCAUGGGGGCGUUGCUGGGUCUUCCUCAGAAAAACAUAGCUGAGCUGUACGCUCAGGCCUCCAGCAACGGCCAGCUGACUGAAGAACACCUGCUGCAAGCUCUGACGACCCAUCCGACCUAUCAGAGAGUGGUAAACGAGUACCUGCAGCCUGAGGAGGCGGGCUCUCAACUGCUCAACGGGAAGGCUGAGAACAAUAACGGAAACAUUCACAACGUCAGCGGCUCUAUCAGCUACAACAAGAAGUUUGAAUAAGGAUUUUUGGAAAUCAGUGUAACAGCUGAAUCUUUGUCAGCCAGGUUUGUAAUAUGAAUAUCAUCCCAAAGGGAAAGACGGACCCAGAAAACCAUGGACUAUGGACUAGGACUGGGACUAAGGAUUGUAUUUUUUAAGUGUUUGUGUUUGGAUGUGGUCUUAAAACUUUAUUGCUGUAAUAUUUAUUGUCAUGAAAAAUUAGAAAACCCAAGAGAGGCUUUAAAUUAAGACUACAGUUGCUCUCUAUGUGUGUAAACACAUGUCUUUGUUCAUGUUUACCAGUGUGCCUUUUUAUAACCCUCAGAGAAGAUACUGAUGUAAAUCUUUAUACCAUUGAAGCCAUAAAUGUAUUAUUUAUAGUGUCACCUUUUGUAUAUUGAAUGAUUUUAAAGGGACAAGGGUAUGUGCAAACAGAAACUUGCUUUGUAACUCAAGAAGUUUAUUUUAGUAUCAUUUUUUUGAAUAUUUUUAUACUAUUGAUUAAACUGUGAACUCUUUUAA